UUCCUGGCGCUGGCUAAGGCAGACACGAAGGGAAGUUGCCACCAGCAAGAUGUUUAUGCUCCGAAACGUGAGCAAAUAUCUCUUUGGAGACACUUCCAAAGAAGCCAUUAUUGAUAUUCCCCAAGGCCAGCUCUACCUCGUCCGACCCCUGUCGCCAAAGGGAUACUCCGAGUUGAUCUUCAAAGACGCGGCGGCCACCAUUCGUCGGACAGGACAGGAGUUUCAAUAUCAGCUUGUCGUUCAACGGGCUUACGAGGAAGGAGAGGAAGAACUUGCUGAAGAGGAAGACGAAGAAGGAGCCACUGAUGCUCUAGAUAAGGACGAACGGGUCUUCUUGCUCGACCAAGCACUUCAUUUCCGCUCAGUUGUACGUGACGGUGGCGAAAAGGUUCUUGCUUGGAGGGAUUUGAGUGGUGAUCCCGGUGAUCUGUACGAAUUUGUCUGCGACUCUUCGGUUUCGCCCGAUAAAGUCGCGACUUUUGAAUCUGCGGCUGUACAGUGUCAGUACGAGAGGAAAUAUAGACGAAGCUUCCAGCAAGCAACGGAAGAGGAAUUGCAAGAAUUCUCGUUCGAAGAAGACAGUCCUAUCCCUUCGGCCAGUCCGAUUGAUUCACCAAAGGGUCCAAGCGCAGCGGAUUCUGCAGCGGCUAUGGCGAAGGACGUGGAAUACGCAACAAAGAAGGGCACAAUAAAGCCUCCCGGGCAGGCUACCCCGGCGCCGCCUGCAGGUAACGUGCCAGAAGCUAGAGAAAUACUUGCCAAAGAACGUGCUGAGCUGCACCUGUUCGAUUUUGCGUCGGGUACCUUUAUUCUGCAAGACAGUGAUGUGGUGGCGACGGUGUCUGAGAUUGGCAACUGGCAGUAUUGGCUUCAAAUCACGGGUAAUGACAAGGAAUGGCUUGGGCAGUCUGUCGUUGGUGACAUCAACCCCGUGUUCAAUUUUGAGUAUCUUUCUUUUAUCUUUAAUCAUUACGCAGAAGAUGGUUCUGCAUACUCUUGGCUCCUGCGAUUCAGGGACCAGCCGACAGAAGAGCGAUUUCAAGAGGGUCUCAUGCAGGCAUUGUGGGAGCAACUGAACGAAAUCAAAUGGGAAAAACAGAAAGAAGAUGACCGUGAUUAUGUUCUGGACGCCUUUCAAGAUCUUACUAUGGACGAUAACGAAGCUGAACAAGAAGAAGUGGAGGAGGAAGAAGAGGAGGAGGAGGAGGAAGAUGAGGGUCAACGGAGUGAACAUUAUGAUACCGACGAGGAGGAAGACGAUGUUCUCACUGGACUCAAAGACGAUAACGUCAACUCUCAGCUUGCUGUUGGCUACAAGCACGAUCGGUCGUUUGUCGUUCGGGGCUCUAAGAUUGGUGUCUUUAAGCACACUCCUAAUAACAACCUUGAAUUUUCAACAAACAUUUCUAAAGUGGAGACGCCAGGGGGCAAACUGUUCAGCCCUAAGAAAGUCAUGCUUCACGCCGAAGAUUCGAACAUGAUUUUGCAAGAUGGAUCCAAUCCUAAUGCUCUGUAUCGUAUGGAUCUUGAAUACGGCAAAGUUGUUGAUGAGUGGAAGGUUCACGAUGACAUUGGUGUCACGACAUUUGCUCCAGAACAGAAAUUCUCUCAAAUGACCGCGGCACAACCAUUUUUGGGUGUCUCCAACAAUGCUCUUUUCCGUGUCGAUCCACGUCAAUCUGGCAACAAGCUGGUUGAUGCUAACUUGAAGCAAUACGCAAGCAAGAAUGAUUUCUCUGCUGCCGCAACAACAGAGAAAGGUUAUAUCGCUGUGGCCUCUAACAAGGGUGAUGUCCGUCUGUUUGAUCGUCUUGGUAUCAACGCCAAGACUCAUAUUCCAGCCUUGGGUGAAGCUAUUAUCGGUCUUGAUGUUUCUGCCGAUGGUCGAUGGGUUUUGGCUACCUGCAGGACAUACUUGCUUUUGAUCGACGCCAUGCAAAAGGAUGGUAAGAAUGAAGGCAAGCUCGGAUUCGAAAAGUCCUUUGCCAAGGACUCCAAACCCCAACCCCGGCGUCUGGGUCUGCAGCCAGCUCAUGUCGCUCAAUUCCAGCACGAGACCAAGCAGCCUCUGGCAUUUACACCUGCUCGUUUCAAUACUGGUGUCGACAGUGAAGAGACUUCAAUUAUUACUGCAACCGGUCCGUUCAUUAUCACCUGGAACUUGAAGAAGGUUCUCGCCGGUAGAAAGGAUCCAUACACCAUCAAGCGAUAUGGAGAGAACGUCAUGGCAGACAAUUUCCGCUUCGGCUCGGAUAAGAAUGUCAUCGUUGCCCUUCCAAAUGAGGUCAACAUGGUACAAAAGAAGAGCUUCAAGAAGCCUACUCGCGAGAGUAUUGCAGGUCCUUUACCCAUGACUCCGGUGCGAAGGAGUGCCGCUCACCGUUUGGGUCGGAAUGAUAUUGUGAACUCUCCUUAUUAAAUCUUCUUCUUCUUCUUCUUUCUCUCUCAAUGCAAUGGUUGAACGGUUUUCUGUUUUUGUGGAAAUGGCGUUUCCCUUUACUUCUACACUUUGAUUUUAUACUCGGAUAUCACUUAUGUUUAUGCUCAUACCCUUGAUAUGAUUCUUCAUGCGCAGUUCAAUGAUAUUGCUGCUCUAUCAACUUACUUUCUCCCGUGCACUGUAUGAGUAAUUCCUUCCUUCAUUUCUAUUGCGGUAGUCAACCACACAAGUAGUUAGGUAGCAAUAAUGAACACCGAUAUAUCAACAUCAAUUGCAAUCAAGCCCGUGUAACUAGGUAGGUAUCUAUCAAACUAAACAGAGCCUAAACAACUGGUUAUUUUAUGUACCAAUAUACCAAAUCUCCACCCCCAAAAUAUCGAAUUUCGUCCCGUCAUCGGACAGAGGCUCAUUCCCGAACGUGGGACAUGAAUCACUAACGCCCUUUUCGACUGAAUCGUCUAUCCAUAAACCGUAAUGGCCGUCCC